UGAUUAGCUCGAAGAUUAACGGAGAAGCUAAAAUCAAAUCCACCUAUGAUUGGCUGCUAGAACAUUAAGAGGGCACACCACCAAAAGCUUGUCGCAUAACCGAAAAGCGGAGCGGCAGGCCCGUCGAAGAUUCACGGCAUUGCCGAUUGCACGCGACCAGGCAAAUGAUUCAAAAAUAAUGUAUAAAUACUAGCGAUUGAACGUUGCAUUUCUUCAGAGAAUCAAUUCAAUCAACAAUGAAAACAUUGCAGCUUCUUGGCAGCUUUUUAGCUGCGGGCUGUAUAUAUUUUGGACAAGUCGCAACUGCAUUACCAGCAUCGACUUCAACCUUUACAAGCGCAGGUACAACAACAACAGGUACUGCAUUCGAAUCGGAUGCAUACAGCUUGUCUGAUGAAGGAACCUCAACUUCAACGAGCUGGCGCGCAUGGCCUACUUUGGAUCCUAAGUUGGACGUUGGACGCGCUGUCGCCCCUUCUUUCAACUUGACAUAUCUUGGAAGCUCAUGUACGGGCUACAAGGUUAUGAAUGUUUCCGAGAGCUCCACCGGUGUGCAAGCGACGCUUCAAUUGCGCGGUGAUGCGUGCUAUGCUUACGGCACGGAUUACAAAUAUUUGCAAUUGAACGUCAGCUAUGAGACGGAGGAUAGAAUUCAUGUUGGUAUUUACGAUACUGAUAGAAAACAAUUCCGUUUCAGUGAGCGAGAGGAUAUCUGGGAUGCUCCCCUUUAUCAUGAUGCUUCUUACCCUAAGGAUCGCAAAUAUGCAUUCCACUACAAUGAGGACCCAUUUGAAUUCUGGGUCACUCGUACUUCGGACAAUGAUACACUCUUCGAUACUCGCGGUCAAAAACUUAUCUUUGAGGAUCAAUACAUUGAACUGACUACAAACAUGGUUCAAAACUACAACAUUUAUGGUCUUGCCGAAACAAUUCACGGUCUUCGUCUUGGUAACAACAUCACAAGAACCCUCUGGACGAACGAUGAGGCCAGUCCGUUGGAUGGUAAUAUGUAUGGAAACCAUCCAUUUUAUCUUGAGCACCGUUAUGCAAACCAGACAAAUUCUGGUAAGGCUUCUUCUCAUGGUGUUCUUUUGCUUUCGUCGACUGGUAUGGAUAUUCUCCUCCGUGAGGACUAUCUCCAGUACCGUGUUAUUGGCGGUGUUGUCGAUUUGUACGUCUUCGCCGGUGGCUCUAAUGGCCCUAAGGAUACCAUUUCAUCUUACGUAAAUGCCAUUGGUUUACCUGCUAUGCAACAAUACUGGACACUUGGUUUCCACCAAUGCCGCUGGGGUUACCAAAACAUUUCUCAGCUUGAGGAAGUAGUUGAGAAUUACGAAAAAGCCGGUAUUCCUCUUGACACUAUUUGGUCUGAUAUUGACUACAUGUAUAAAUGGCGCGAUUUCACCAUUGACCCAAUUUCCUAUUCUGGUGAACAAUUCCGUACCUUCUUUGGUAAUCUUUCAGAAGCGCACAAGCAUUAUGUUCCAAUUGUUGAUGCUGCUGUUUAUGCCGCAAACCCAUCCAACAAGUCUGAUGAUACCUACUAUCCUUUCUACAAUGGUGUUGAGGAAGACAUUUUCCUUAAGAACCCUGAUGGUUCCUUAUACAUUGGUGCGGUUUGGCCCGGUUACACUGUCUUCCCUGACUUCAUCAACCCUAAUGUUACAGAGUACUGGAAGAAUGCCUUGUAUAACUGGUCUCGUCAAAUGACAGAUGAGGGUCUUGGCUAUGAUGGUCUUUGGCUUGACAUGAACGAAGCCUCUUCGUUCUGUAUUGGCUCUUGUGGUACUGGAAAGCUUGAUCAGAAUCCUAUCCGUACACAAGUUACUCUUCCUGGUGAUAUGUACGACUAUAGUUUUGAAUUCCCUGAGGGCACUGAGUACACGAAUGCUUCGGAGUACCAAGUUGCCAUGCAAGGUCAAAAAUUGCAAGACGCCGCUACAAGCACUGCCGUUGUUAUCCCCACUGCAUCCCCCUCUACCAAGGCAAAGAAGAGUGAGGACCGUAACAUCAAUUACCCUCCCUACGCCAUUGACAAUGAACAAGGCAAUCAUGACAUUUCUACUCAUGUUUUGGGUGUGAACGCUACAUCGUAUGAUGGAACUGCCCGUUAUGAUAUUUUCAAUAUGUUUGGCUACGGUGAAACAAAGGCUUCUUACAAGGCCAUGCUUGAGUUGGCUCCCAAUGUUCGACCUUUCUUGAUCCCUCGUUCUACAUUCGUUGGCUCUGGUGCUUACGCUGCACAUUGGCUUGGUGACAACCAUUCUAAGUGGUCCAACAUGUUCUUCUCUAUCCCUGGAGCAAUGAUUUUCAACAUGCUUGGUAUUCCCAUGGUCGGUCCCGAUGUUUGUGGUUUCAUCGGUAACAGUAACUAUGAAUUGUGUUCUCGUUGGAUGGCGAUGGGUGCAUUCUUCCCCUUCUAUCGUAACCAUAACACUCUUGGCGCUAUUAGCCAGGAAGCCUACAUUUGGUCUUCCGUUGCUGAAGCCUCCCGACGUGCCAUGAAGAUUCGUUAUGCUAUGCUUCCUUAUUGGUACACCUUACUUUACCAGGCCCAUGCUGAAGGAACUCCUGUUUUCCGUCCCAUGUUCUUUGAAUUCCCUGAUGAACCCUCUCUUUCUGACGCUUCUCGUCAAUUCAUGGUCGGCGAUGCCUUCCUCGUUACUCCCGUUUUGGAGCCUAACAUGACUACUGUUGACGGUGUUUUCCCUGGCGAUAACUCUACCGCCUGGUAUGAUUGGUAUUCUCAUGAAGCUGUCAACCGUCAAUACAACCAAAAUGUCACCCUUGAUGCGCCCUUGGAGCAUAUCAAUGUCCAUAUCCGCGGUGGCAAUGUCAUUCCCCUUCAAGAGCCUGGUAUGACUACUUUUGAAACUCGUAACAACCCUUGGGCGCUUCUUGUUGCUCUUAGCCCCAAUGGCAAUGCCGACGGUUUCUUGUACGCUGACGAUGGUGUUUCUAUUACUCCUAAUGCUACUCUCAGUGUGUCUUUCAGUGCUCUCAACAAUACCCUUUCAACUUAUGUCAGCGGUACCUAUGCUGUUGAACAACCCCUUGCCAAUGUUACUGUUCUUGGAGUUUCUUCUGCUCCUCAGUCCGUCUUUUUCAAGGGACAGAACAUUUCUUCUUACGAGUACAACAAUGAUAAGCAAGAGCUUGUCAUUACGAACCUCGCCAACUUGACUUCCCAAGGUGCUUUCAGCCAAAACUGGACUUUGACUUGGUAAUUUUUUUAACGCUUUACACGCAUUAGUAUGAAUAUUAUGAAUUAAUGUUCUGUUUCUUUUUUAUUAAAAGGCUCUGUAUGAGGUGUUUCCUAUUCUUUAAUAAAUUGGAUUUGGGGUGUAAAAAAAGACAAUAGGCAAUUGCUACAGCAACACGAAUGAUUUCACAGAAAUGAGAAAAACAAAAGCUGUCGCGAAUCUCUCCGUAAGAGGGUCCGCCUGGGAGAAUCCCAUCGCAACCGUACUGCUUCUAACCCGGAGCUAGGGUGCGUUGUUGCCAACCUCCCCCGGUAACCCCAUGUUUAACUCUCUGCGUAUACAGUAGCUACCCCCUGCAACACAGAAGAGAUUAGAAGAUCGAUUGCGAGACUCGAACCCCUUGAUACGGGCCCCUCUGCCUUUGGAAAGCAUUCCGCUUCAGCCAGGCCACUACAGCUUGGACGUCACGGAACCAUUGGCCUUAUGCCAUGGACUCCAUGCACUUUUGGAAACCUGGCGAUGAAGCAGCCAAACGAACGGCAAGCUUCCGCCCAAACAAACGGAUGAGCGGAAGAGAAACAGUGAUCACAUUGUUUCUCUCUAAACAAUUCUAUAAUCAACAAGCUCCGCAAAGCCUGGAACUUCUGCCUUAUUGAAAUCUUGUGAUUCACUAAUAAGCAAUCACAAUUUCUAAGAUAUUAUCAGCUACAUAAAUAAUAUAAAUACUUGUAAGUUCAAUUGCUAGAAAGCCGUUGAACACUUACAAGCUUAUUCAGCAUUUAACUUUCAAUUCCC